AGAUCGGCUCCGGAGCGAGAUACCGUCGCCUUCGGGUCCGGGGUGACCGGGUCGCCGCCAAGGCCAUGGCGGAUGACGCAGACCUCACAGCGGCGGAUGCCGAGAUUGAGGAGAUGCAAAAGAAAGUAGCAGAGAUGGAAGAAGAGGCGGAGAAGCUGAAGAAGCUUACUGACUCAGUGGAUGAGACCGGCGACGGCGUCGACCGGGAAGAGGUCGACAAGCGAUCAGUGUACGUCGGACAGGUAGACUAUGGCGCCACACCUGAGGAGCUGCAAGAGCACUUCAAGACUUGCGGGCAGAUCAAUCGCAUUACGAUUUUGGUGGACAAGUUCAGUGGCCAUCCAAAGGGUCGUGCAUACAUUGAGUUCGGCGACGAGCAGAGCGUACAGCAACUUGUAGUCUGCGCUGAGACCACGUUUUUAUGUUAUGUUUGGAUUUCACCUGUCAUGGCUUUAUGAUGCUUUAUGUGUGUUUGUGUGUGUGUGAGCUAUUUGCAGACCCAACAAGACACGGUCGGAUUCUGAGCAUGUCGUGGUUCAUGGAUGUUGUGUUGACUAGGCCACUUGUGUCCAACGUGUGGAGAACUUCACAUUCAUCACUCCAAAGCCCAGCGACGCCUUGCACGGCCAUGGUACGGUAGCAAAUUCAGGGUUCAAGGAAACCGCCUCAUAGUAAAGGGGGGAAGCAAGAAUCAAAUCUCUUUUGCCUGGCUGUUUCUUGAGGGUUCGAAAGAGGACAUGUGAAAUGUGAAGUGAUUAGGCUUGAACGAGUGAACAUAUGUAGAGAAUGCUCGUCCCUAUAAGACCCUAUAUCUAUCAAUAUUCAGAAUCACACUCUUCUAGAAUACUUCAGAAUGUUCGUGCGUAUCACCAGCGGCCACUGGAAGUUGCUGGCUUCAAAUGUGCUGGCAGCCUCCUUCACAGAGAAGUUGUGUUUUCCAAGGGAGUAAUUACCUGCAUCGUAUCAAUCGCAGAACUGAAUCAGUUUCCAGUCUGAAAUUGAGAGCCGAGGGAACUCACAAAGAUUCCGAUCGGAACUCUCGCUUUCUCCGAGGAACUCGCUCUUGCUGAACGGAUCACUCUUUCGAGGCAGACAACUGAAGGUCACUCAAAAGCGGACCAACAUCCCUGGCUUCAACAAAGGCAAAGGUAAAGGAAAAGCCAAGGGAAAAGGCAAAGGCAAAGGUUACUACGAUCCUUGGGCCGAUCCCUGGGCAGACCCGUACUGGGGUGGCUAUGGAGCGUGGAGGAAAGGAUACAAAGGAAAAGGCAAAGGGUACUCUCCAUACUGAGUCAGGGGCUCCUGGCAUCCUGGCGCACAAGACACGCCGCGUAGCAGCCGUAGCAGCUGUAGCAGGGCCUCGGAGAUGCAGGGCCAGGUUGCGCAAACAAAACCGAC